UGCGCCUAGGAGCAUCGCACCCAGAGCGUGUGAGCAAAGCUUCGAUGCCCCCACAUAUAAUAUUCAUCUUGGCAGAUGAUCUUGGCUGGAAUGACGUCAGUUUUCACGGUUCCCGUCAGAUACCGACUCCGAACAUCGAUGCCUUGGCCGCACAUGGCGUCAUCCUGGAGCGCCACUAUGCGACGCCUGUGUGCUCACCUUCACGUGCUGCUUUCAUGACAGCACGCUACCCGUCACGUGUCGAUAUGGACUACGUGGCAUUGUCUUUCGCCUCGGAAGCCGCCCUUCCACUCCGCUUCGAGGUGCUACCGCAGUGGCUCAAGAGACUCGGCUACAGUACACACAUGAUAGGAAAGGCAGAUGAUGACAUCAUACUCGACUAUCCUGUGUAUGAACCAAGUUCCUCCGAACAGCUCACCGACGCUCCCGAUAGUAACUAA